GAGAGCGCGCGAAGUACGAGUGUGCGCGGCGCGCGGUGUGCUCCGCCUCGCGCGCGUGACGUAGCGCUUGUGUCGCUUUCGCAGAAGUGAAAGUAAAAGCAGAAGAAAAGAGGAGAGAAGAGAAGCGCUGCUUUACCGCCGCCGCUGCUGCUACAGCUACAGUAGAGCGCUUCGCAAACACAUCACACACACACACAGAAUACACACUCGGCUCCUCUGCGCGCUCCUCCUGGGACUCAUCAUGGACCAGCAACGUUUGCUGAGUGACCAAGAUGAGGCCACAGGUGGUACAACCCCAAACCAGCAGCAUCCAGCAGUUGCUGCUGCAGGUGCCGAUGACCCCAACAAGGGUGAGGGGGAUAUGGCAUCAGCACCCCCUGCAGAACUGAUGGAUGUUGUACCAGGGUACGAGGGCAUUGGAUCUGCAGGCCACAACUUUCCUCCACCAAUCCAGGGCCCAUCUCAGGUUCCAGUUCCAACACCACAACCCUCAAACGCUCCCUGGCAGAUUCCGUCUAUCAGUGAAGAACUGGCAAAGGAGGUGUUUAUUGAGUUUGCCUCCCAACGAUGCUGCUACAGUGCCACACCUGCUAAGGAAAUGGUUUUCACUGACCUGCAAUCUCUCAACACGUACCGGUACCGUUUAGAAACUUUUACGGAAACCAGAACCACUGCAUGGGCCAGUGAGCCUUUUAAUGGUCAAACAGUAGAUGGAUUUCUGGGUGUGGCACCAGGACCAUGGGACCUGAAUGUCCCAGUCCCUGCCCUCUUCCAGAAUGGGUCAGAGAAAGUCCGUAUUCCUUACACAUCUUCCGUAAAGGGUUGUCACUCAUGCUUAUCUCUUGGAAAACGAGGCUGCGAGAGAUGUGUGACAUCAGGAAGGAUGCAGUGCUCUGUUUGCAAUGGGUCAGGAAGGAACUUAAAUGACAGGUGCACCCGCUGCUCUGGCGCAGGGCGUGUCAGGUGCACUAUCUGUUCAGGUGUGGGCUCGCUCACAUGCAAAACCUGUAAAGGGAAAGGCCAGUUGCUUUGUUACAUAAAGCUGACAGUGAAAUGGAAAAACAAUUUGUACGAAUGUGUGGUGGACAAGCAGUCUGGCUUCCCAAUUGACAAAAUCAGCAAGGUCACUGGUGAGACCAUGUUCACUGACAUGAAUGCACGGGUGUAUCCUGUUGUUGGGUUUCCGGAUGAUGCCAUUAACAGGGCCUCUGUGCAAGCGGUGAGGGAGCAUCAGGCCCAGUUUGCUUCCACCAGCCGGAUCCUGCAACAACGGCAGACCAUUGAGCUGAUCCCAAUCACCCGGGUGCACUACAGCUGGAGGAAUAAAACCUACAUUUACUUUGUGUUCGGUGCCGAGCACAAGGUUCACACCGAUGACUACCCUGCCAAGUGCUGCUGCUGCUCCAUUUUGUAAAGUAGUUCCGCAGGAGCACUGUGCUUAUGAAUCUCUUCUCACUGUUUACUACGUUUUUUGUGUUAAGUAGUAGGAUGCAGUUAAAACAUGGUAACAUUUAAGCACUUUUUGUAGAGAAAAUCUUUUAAACCAGCUGAACUCUUAAGUAUUUUCUACCCUCAUUUUGGAUUUUCUGUCCCAGAAAUUAUACUUUUUUUUCCUCAGUUUUUUUUAUAUUCUGACAUUAUUACGUUUAGCUGACAGCUUAUGUUCUCAUAAAAAUACUACUGUGUAAUAUUAGUGCAAAAUACAGUUUAAAAAAAAAUCCUCCUCUCAUAAACCUGUCAAGAUUUUCCCAAGCAAAUCUUUUUAUAUGUUC